UCUAAAAGCUUUGGGUGAUUCAUCAUUCAACACCAUUUCAAAACAGGGUGUGGAAGUCAACAGCUCUAAAGUCGAAAGGAAUAAAAAUAUUCCUCUGGUUCCAAGUUUAGAAAGAACAGCAAAUGACAAAAAAUGUGUUGUUUUUAUCUCAGCAAAAAAGAAAUGCACUUUACUCUUCGAGCCAAGUAGGCCUACCUAAUCCUUGAGGCAAGUGUUUCUUGUUAAGUUGAAGACAAUUAAUUAGAUGUUCCCCUUAUAUAUUAGAGAUGGCUUUUUGUGGGCCCCGUACUACUGUAUUACGGUUGAAUUCAAUGACAUGUUAGAUGUUUUUUUCCUGUUCAUCUACUGGGAUUUAGGAAAAAGAAAAUUACACUUUUCUUAUGUAUAUAAGGUUGAUUAGUUUAUGCAGAGACGUUCAGUCGAAAUUAUUCGCCAGUUCGAUUUUGUCGAGGUUUUUUAAAACUUGUGAGCUGCCGAUUGGAGAUUCAUUACAGGACAAAAAGAUGCAGCGAAUUGAUUUUAGCCAACCCAAGUGGGAUCAGAGCACAUUUUCAGGAAGGCUGAAGCAUUUCUUUUGGGUUACUGAUCCAAGAUCUUGUGUAGUUUCAAGCGAGCAACUCUAUGAAGCCAAAACCUUGGUCGAGAAAUACAAGAAUCAUCGAGAACCACCAGGAACUACAACUGAACAAGUUUGGUAUGCAAGGAAGCUCUACGAAUCUGCUUUUCACCCUGACUCUGGUGAACUUCAGAAUUUCUGCGGUAGAAUGUCUUUCCAAGUUCCAGGGGGUAUGCUCAUCACUGGCUUCAUGUUGCAGUUUUACAGGACUGUCCCUGCUGUGGUGUUUUGGCAGUGGGUCAACCAAUCCUUCAACGCUCUAGUGAAUUACACCAACCGUAACGCCAAGUCAGAAGUCUCGUCGACCCAGUUGGGCGUGGCAUACGUUUCGGCGACAACAUCCGCGUUGGUUACCGCCCUUGGUCUCAAGACCUUCUUGGAAAAGAGAGCCGGAAGUCUUCUACAGCGCUAUGUUCCAUUUGCUGCCGUAGCCGCUGCCAAUUGCGUAAAUAUUCCACUGAUGCGUCAGUCGGAAUUAAUUAACGGCAUCGUCGUUUACGACGAAAAUGGAAACGCUGUCACCGAAUCUCGCCUGGCCGCUGCUAAAGGAAUCACGCAAGUUGUAAUCUCACGAAUCGCUAUGGCAGCUCCUGGAAUGACUUUACUGCCCCUCGUGAUGGAAAAAUUGGAGAGCUAUUCUUGGAUGCAACGAAUUAAAUUCUUACAUGCGCCUUUUCAGAUCGUCGCCUGCGGAGCAAUUCUCACCUUCAUGACUCCCGCCGCUUGCGCCCUCUUCCCUCAAAGAUGCUCUUUGGACGUCUCAACGCUGGCCCGUUUCGAGCCGGAACAAUACGAAAAACUCAAAAAGACUGUUGGCGAAGGCUCAAUAUCUAAAGUCUAUUUCAAUAAGGGCUUGUGAUCAGCUGAAAAGUAGUAACGGCUUGUAAGUUGGGUGCUAAUCACAUAUCAAUGAUCUGAUCGACAAUCGGGAUUAACUGUCUUAAAAACGCACAAAAAAUCCUAUUCAAUAGUUUAAGUUGUCCGUUCUAAAUGUUAGACGUUAUUUAAAUUCAAAGGUAAAUUCAGCUAAAAGCCAACAGGUAUGUCGUUACGAUUUUAUAGCUGUACUGUGUCUUAGUCAAUAUAUCUGUUACCGCCGUUGAGGCGAUUCGUUAACCUAAA